AUGCCCGAAGCAGCGAAUGACGCACUCAAAAUCACGCUGGCGACUGUUGCAAUCGCUCAUCAAGUGUUGCAUCCAUUUGAAGCAGGGCGAUCAGGAAGCACUGAAAUUGGCGCAGGCAAAAGACUUAAAGCUUUAUGGGGGAAGUGCUACAUCAUUUCCCCCCAGCUCUUGUCCUGUGCAGCCGUUGUGCGACAAUACUCCAAGGGUGGCGCCUUUGAAACUUUACCCGACUGGAACUCUGUGGUCGACGAUGAUCCAUGCAUCAAGAGCCACCCACUGCUUCCACAAGACGUUGGACUACCAGUCCUCUCACUGCAGUUGGAACUCUUCCCAUAUUGGAGUCUCAAGCUACCGGGUCAUCAUCUAUUGUGCGGCCUUUCACUUGUUCCGACAGCCGUGGGUCCUGUCACGAAACAAGCUCCCGCAGUGGAAGUAGAUUCGACUCCGCUGUCCCCGUUGCCGACAUCUCUGGAGCUGGAACCUCUGACUCCUCUGGCUCCAUCAGUCGCUUCUGCUGCACCUUCAACAGCUCGGCACAAGCUCUUUGUGCCAGGCAAUACAUCGAAAAAGGUCAAGGUUAUUCCGCACCCUAGGAAUGAUAAGAAGAGAAAGGCGGAAGAAGAUGAUACUGACUCGGCAGAUGCUCCCAGGUGCCCGACCCGAUCACACAAACCGAAUCUCAAGAAAAUCAAGAAGUUACCGUCGCAUGAUAGGCAAAAUAAACUACGCAAAACCAGGAGUGGAACUACAAAGGCAGGUCUACUCACCGUUGCUCAUACAUCGCGGAUGUAUCUGGUCGCUGACAUCGGCCAAGGAAUCAUCGUGGUCGGCGUUUCUGGGACGCAGAAACUAGGGUGGGUGACUUUGAGCUCUGGCACUGGUGCUGAGUGGAACUUACUAUACAACAUUUUCAGCCUAAUGAUUGGGGUCUGGAUUCAACGAUUGCUACAGCAGUGGAGCAUUCCAUUCGCUACCAUCCGCGGAAAUGUGACAAAUGCAAGAAAUCAGGCAAACCUUGCAUUGUUCUGCCGGACAAAAAAGUCGGAUGCAUACGACUCGUUUGCGCGAAUUGCGACAGGACAAAGGUUACUUGCGCAAUUGAUGGAAUGGGUGUCCGGGACAGGUUGCAGGCUCAAGCCAAAGCAACAGGCGGUGACACAAGCAGCCGAUCGUCCCAAGCGCUCCAGGUCGCGCGUCCCCAAGGCCCGAGCCGUCAGCGAGAUGUUGAAAAAGGACUCUCCGGCCUCAUUGACCAUGCCAGCCGUGCCUUUAUCCACCCCUGUUGUGAAAGAAAUUGACGAACGUGGUAUGACUCCUGUGGAAGAGACUGCUGGUCUCACUCAUUGCCAAACCCGGGCAGACCAGCCAAUCGGAGCAACGGAACAAGAGCCAACCGCAAAAGACAUUCUGCAGGCCAUCCGGGACCUUGGGAGCAAGUUUGACCUCCUUGCCACUAAUGAGAGGGUGGAUGCAUUGGAUGCCAAGGUCAAUUCGGUGGAGGAAGUCUUUGGCCAUCGGCUGGCAACUUUAGAGCGACUCAUAAAUUCAUCCGAUGCACAAUGGAAGGCCAUGUCAUCGUCGGCCUAUGCUCCUCCACAGCACCCGACCGCUCAGCUUCCGGGGUGGCUCCAUGGCACCGGGGGUGUUGAUGAUGUGGGCAUCUCUACGGUCGGCAGACAGUGGACGCAUGCAUGGGACCCAUCUGUAGUGACUGGUGUGCAAGGCUGCCUCGAAACAUCCGCAUCGGCUGCACGGACAGGUUAUCCUCAUGAUACCCCUGUUAUUCGCGCAAAUUCAAUCGAAUCAUCCCAAUUGUCCAGCACUGCCAUCUGCAAUGUCCGAUAA